AUGUCUCACUCCACAUGCACCACAUUGCCCUCCUUAAACCACACCGACGGACAAACCAAUACUGAGAGCACGGGCAAAAAUGCAACCAAGGAAUCCGGCCGGAGGAUGUUGCCACAGAGCCUUGACAACUAUAAAAACGGAGUCCCGCGUAGACGCUACGCCAACAAGCAGUAUGCACCAAAAUUAGAUAAGGUGUCCGGACAUGUUAUGGACAAGACAUCGAGAUUCAAAAUCACGACUUGGCUCGAGGAGCGACGGCGCAAGGAGACACACAAGAAGAAAGAGGAGGAGAGACAGAGACUGUUAGAUAGUCUGCCUUCGUCGGUCUCCUCAACCGAUGAAAACAUCCCACCAAAUGUCCCUGCUGUCGACCUUGAAACUGAGCCGUUAUUAUCUCCAAAGCACGAGAGCACGCCGGAAUCCGAAGUGACUGCCCGUACACCUUCCUACCGAGUCCGUACGAUCUCGGAGAGGGUUGAGGAUGUGAUACGGCGUUCGCCGGUGGAAAAUACCAAGCGGAAGACGAUACGCCGUGUUCCAAAAAUGGCGAACUUCAACCGUGACAAUCCCAAAACCGGAGUUCCACGUAGACACUACGCCCACGAGCAGUACGCACCGAAUCUGGAUGAGAUGACCGGAUAUGUUAUGGACAAGACAUUGAAAUUUAACAUCACCGCUUGGCUCAAAGCGAAACGACGCGAGCAGAAACGCAGGAAGAAAGAAGAGAAGAGACUGUUGGAUAGCCUGCCUUCGUCGGUCUCUUCAACCAAUGAAAACAGCCUACCAAACAUCCAUCCCGUCAACAGUAAAGCCGAACCUUUGUCGUUAGUGAAGCAUGAAAGCAGUAUGGGACCACAAGCCACUCACCAGAAGCCUUCACGCCGGGCCCGGACAAUUUCAGAGAGGGUCGCGGAGGCGAUAAAGCUGUCGCCCGUCGAGAAUAAAAAGACGAAGACGAUUCGGAGGGUCCCGAAAGUUGAAAACUUCAAGUGA